AUGACAACAGUCCAAGCUUGUGGAAGUGAUGGGAGUCUAAAUACAGUAAUCACAGCAGAAUACAAUAAAGAUACUGGAGUGUCACAAGAUGAAGCCAAACUCAGAUUCCUUGAUAUGAUCUACAAGUGGCCUACUUUUGGUUCAGCAUUCUUUCAAGUAAAGCAAACAAGUGACCCAAGCUAUCCUGAAACCUUGCUUAUUGCUAUCAACAGACACGGUGUUAGUUUGAUUGAUCCAGAGAAACGGGAUAUCCUGGCUACACACCCGUUCACCAACAUUUCCAACUGGAGUAGUGGAAACACCUACUUCCACAUUACUAUUGGUAGCUUUGUACGCGGCAACAAGCUUUUGUGUGAAACAUCAUUGGGUUACAAGAUGGAUGAUCUUCUGGAAUCCUAUGUCAACCAGAUAUUAUAUAACAAAGGCAAAAAAGGAACAAUUAGACAAUAUUAGAAAUGUCAGAUGAUGCUUGCUGUGGGUUGACUUUUAAAAAGUGUUUUAAAUUCCAAACUUCUGAUGUGUUCACUGUGUUUGGGAAAUCUAAAUUUAAGUUAAAUCAAUGGGGUAAAUUAUACAUUUUGUUCAUUUUUAUAAAAGUAUUAUACCUAAUUGAGAGGUUAAUAGGUACUGUACUUUAAAAUAUUUUGGAUUUAAAUUAGGAGGCCAUUGAUAAGAAUUUAAGAAAAUAGCUUUACAGAGAUAAUGUGCAUGUUUUUCACUUCAUUAGUAAUCAUUAUGAUUGUGUUGAAAAUCGUUACAGUAGAUGUAUAAUUUAUUGCUAUAAAAAAUCCUGCAGUGUAUAAUAUUCAGUGAUAUCUAGUCAGUAAAACUGAAAAAUUUCAAGUUCACACUAAGUUUUAUGUUUGUGAAUUUGUACACUACAAACAAUAAUUGAUGCAAAUAGCAAUCCUAAAUUAUGUUACACAAUAUCAAUAAAUUUUUUAAAUUAAUUGUUUUUCACAUGAUUUUUAUGAGAAAAUAUUCACUGAUUAGUCAUACAAAUCCUAAAGAAAGAAAUGUAUUAUUUUAUUAGCAAUGUUAAUAAA